AUGUCCCAGGCUGCCCGCAAAUGCCGGUGCUGGCCGCAAAUGUCGGCUGCCCGCAAAGUGGCUGCCCGCAAAAGAUUUGCCCGCAAACUGGUUGCCCGCAAAGUGGUUGCCCGCAAGUGUGCGCCCGCCUCAUAUUCAGUCAGUUCAUACUCAGUCAGCUCGAAAACCUUUCAAAUUUUUUUUCAAUUUUCACAAAAAAUCCUUUUGUUAAAAGUCCCGAAGCGAAAACAUUUCAAAAUUUUUUCAAAUUUCACAAAGAAUCCUUUUUUCAACUCCCGAAGCGAAAACAUUUCAAAUUUUAUUCAAAUUUCACAAAAAAUCCUUUUUUUCCAAGUCCCGAAGCGAAAACAUUUGAAAAAUUUUUUAAAUUCACCAAAAAAUUCUUUUUUCCAAGUCCCGAAGCGAAAAUAUUAAACGGUAUCGUUGACCCGAAAUGUCGUUGACCCGAAAUGUCGUUGACCCGAGUUGUCGUUGACCCGAGUUGUCGCGACCCGAGUUGUCCCUGACCCGAAAUGUCGUAGCGAAUGCAGAAUUUAAAGAAAAUCUGAGCGUCGCAUUUGGGGUACUCCCUUGCUAGCUAAUCUUGUAAUAAUAACUUGGCUCCCAGAGUCGAAUCUUCAACACCAAGACCACCUUUGCCGAGCGAGUAGCCAAACUUUCUCGCGAUGAUGCUGUUCUGUCCCGACUAUCGACAACCUAUCUUAUCCUAUGUUUCGAUGGCGAAGUUGUCUCGUCACAGGCGCUACUGACCGGGAUCUAUUUCCUGGCACUGGUCGCACUCGUCCUGCUUAUCACAUUCUACAACAUCAAAACCUCGACUGCACCGAGUAGCGCCCAACGCUUCCAUUGGAUGCUAUUCUACGCCCUGCUUGCUCAAUGCAUCGCGCAUUCGCUGACAAUUUCAAUCCCGGCUAUUGUGUUUGGCGUGACGCAAAACUCGCCUCAGGCCCCGUUAAUUUCAAUGCUCUGUGUUUUGGCUGGAUUCUUCAAUACCUACGCGAAUUGCUUCAUCUUUUUACUGAUUAUCAAGCCGUAUCGAGUGUAUUCGAAACGAGUCCUUCUGAGCGUUUUCAAGUCCAACAAAGUGGCGGAGAUACGACCUCAGGCGGCUCCGAUUCAAACUCAAACAACCUCGGAAGCUGCGACAAUUGUUCAAGUAGAACAACCGACGCAUUAA